AUGCGCGCCGAACUGACGCAACCUACCAAGCCGGCAGCAGUAGCGGUGGCAGCAGCAGCAGGCCACCAGCAAGAGGAGUCGGAGAGACGUACAGAUAGGACGGACGAUUCCAUAUCGGAGACCGUCCCGGAUGAGGCGGAUGGGUUUGACUGGCAGGAGGAUGUCAAUGGGCUGGCUGAUGGCAUGGCCGCUCUGUCCGUGGAACCCAAGGGAGCAGGAUAUCUGGGCUCAACCGCUGGUGCCUUCUUCCUCCGACCUCUGCUCUUUUGGCUGGGACACUCCCAGCCGACGGCUGACAACCUUGGGCGGCCGUUUACGGACUCCCCCAAAAGCAACGCAGGCCGCGGCAUGGAAGCGUCGAGCCGGCUCUCUGCGUCUAUGGAGUCCCGCGAGGUGGUGGGCCGUCUGAUAGACAGCUACUUCUCGCUGUACAACCGGACGUACCCGUUCGUGCACGAGGGCACCUUCCGCGCGCAGUACCACGAGGUGAUAGCGCGGCCGCACAACCGGUCGUGGCAGAUGCUGCUGCACACGAUCCUGGCGCUGGGGGCCUGGUGCCUGGGCGACGCGCAGUCCGGCGUGGACGAGGGCCUGUACCGGCGGGCGGUGUCGUUUGGCGAGGCUGAUUCGCUCUUCGAGAGCGCGAACCUGACGUUCGUGCAGGCGCUCGUGCUGCUGAGCAACCUCAGCCAGAAGCGGAACAAGCCCAACACGGGGUCCAACUUCCUCGGCCUGGCGACGCGCAUGGCCCUCAGCCUCGGGCUGCACCGCGAGCUGCCCGACUGGCACAUUGGCAUCCUGCAGCGCGAGAUCCGCCGCCGCGUCUGGUGGGGCCUGUACACCUUUGACAGCGGCGCCUCCACCACCUUCGGGAGGCCCAUCCUCCUCCCCGACAAGGAGGCCAUGGACGUCAGGCCCGUCCUCAACAUCGCCGACGAGAACCUCACCGCCGGGACGACGGCCGUGCCCCCAGAGUCGACAGAGCCCACCAUCUACUCCAGCCUCAGGUGGCAGAGCGACUUUCACCUCCACACGAACCACAUCUCCAACCACCUGCUCUCAUCGACGGGCGUGCCCGCCGAGGAGGCCCUGGCCAUGGACGCCUCCCUGGACGCCUGGUCCGACAGGCUGCCCGCCUACUUCCGCCUCGACCACGAGCUGGCGACGGCCGACCCGACCUUCCUGUUCGCCCGCUGCCGUCUGUGGUGGCGCGUGUGGAACCUCAAGAUCGUCCUGUUCCGCCAGCUCCUCCUCAAGAGGGCCGUCGAGCGGACCAGCAGACGCGACGCCCUCGGCACCCUGAGCGAGGCACACGUCAAGAGUAGGGAUGUCGCCGUGCACGCCGCCAGCUCUACGAUCGCCUCCAUCCACGGGCUGUCUCAGAUGGGCGCCAAUAUAAAUCGACUUGUGGCAUGGUAUUCAAUCUACUUUCUAUUCCACGCCUCCCUCAUCAUUGCCCUGGCCAUUGUCGGCGACGCAGAAUCCCUCGACCUGCCCCGGUGGCAGUCGGAUCUCGAGACGGUGCGCACAAUCUUCCGCAUAACCUACGCGGAUAACUCGCUCGCCCAGCGCUGCGCUGACAUCCUCGAUCUCAUCGUGCCGAGCAACCUGAUCAUGGCGGCAGGGUGGGACGGAUUCCCGCUGGACACCGGGUUCGGCGACAUGACCAACUGGCCCGCUGAUGGGAGUGACUUCAUGUCCCUCUUCGGCUGGCCCGACGCCACCGGACCCGGAGUUUGA